AGGAAAUAAAUUUCAAGUUGAAAAACCUCUCUUCUUAAAACUAUUUUAAAGUUUCGGAUUAAAGACGGUAUUUUGAACCAUUUGACUUGCCUUACAUCCAGUUGUGCUUCUUGCGCACGCUAGUUCUGAUCGUACGUAUGGUAACUAGGCAACUACGUAAGAAUUGUAGUAUGGUUGCGUAAAGGGAAACAGGCAUUCCUAGGGGAACAGAAUCGACUGCUACACCGGUCGCGAGCACUGCACACAGAUACUGACUCACGUGCUUAUCUUCGCCGCUUGCGUUGCUAAAACAGAACACAAACGGAACCUGUCAAAGUCAUAGGCCAUAUUUAACGACAAUACAAGGAACGUUUCAUUUCAACCGAAAGUUUGCCUCAAAUUACAACAGCAGGCCCUGUAAGAAAAAGGGAAACUUAAGGAUGCUGGAGCAGAACAAUGGAUUUCUCCUUCUCUUUCAUGCAAGGGAUCAUGGGAAACACAAUUCAGCAACCCCCUCAGCUUAUUGACUCCGCUAACAUCAGACAGGAGGAUGUCUAUGAAGCCAUCAGUGACCCAGGAGAUGAUGGAGGACAGCAAAACUUUGAGUCUCCUUUGGAGUCAGGCUUUCCUUACCCUGCUGAAGACCUCCCAGUCAUUACAAACGGCUACCCGACAGGCGUAGGUACCUAUGAGCAACAGGCCAAGUUUGCCUUGUACUCUCAGUUCCCCAAUGGCUCAGCUAAUGGCUACGGCGCCAUACGAAACUAUGGGGAUCACGGUUUGCUGCUUGGUGAAGGCACUGUAUUGAGACCACCAGUGGUCCAGGAGAAGCCUCCAAGCCACAUCUCACCUCCACCUCAUCCCCAUCAUCACCACCAGCCUCAUCAUCCUCCUCACCAUCACCACCAUCAGCAGCAGCAGCAACACCAUCCACAAAACCCACCACUGUUACCUCACCACCAUCAUCCGCCUCCUGCUUCUCACCUAAUGCCUCAAGUCUUGCCACCCCCUCCUCCAUUGCUCUUGCCCUCUUCACCGCCCCUCCUUUCACCUCAACAAAGCACCGUCUCCAACCCCAUUGCACAAUCCACCAACACUCCCAAAAAGACCAGCUCCCCAGAGAUCAAAAUAAAGAUCAUUAAGACCUACCAGAAUGGCAGGGAGCUGUUCGAGUCCUCACUGUGCGGGGAUCUGCUGCAAGAGUUUCAGGCCGGCGAGGCUUCCAGAAGAAGACAUGAGCAAAAGAAGGAAAAGAGGAAAAAGAGAAGCAGCAGACAUGGUGCUUGUCAAGAAGAAGAGAGCCAGCAGCCAUGCAAAGUAGAGGAGCGUUCAGGGGUGGUUCGAAACUCCUCACAGCCCAACGAAGGUCAUGUCACAUUCAGAGAAGAGCAACCUUCUGUGACCCUCAAAAGCCCCAAAGCAGAACUGAAGGAACAGAAAGUUGAAAAGCACUUUCCUUCGGUCAUCACUAGCACCGGCUCUUGUCAAGAGUACGAGAUCGGUGACUUGGUGUGGGCAAAGGUUGGGACGUAUCCUUGGUGGCCAUGCAUGGUGUCAUCAGACCCUCAGUCAAAUGUUCAUAUACGACUUAAUAAAAGAGGUGUCAAGGAAUACCACGUGCAGUUCUUCGGGAGUGUCCCUGAGAGGGCUUGGAUCCAUGAGAAGAGAAUUGUGGUGUACAAGGGUGAGAGCCAGUUCGAGGAGUUGCAAGCAGAAACACUCCGGAAAGCAACCAACCCAACUGAGAAACAAAAGUUGCUGAAGCCUCAGUCCCAGAAGGAGCGUGCCCAAUGGGAAGUGGGUGUGGGUCACGCAGAAGCCGCUCUGCAGAUGACACGAGAAGAACGCAAUGAGAACUACACCUUCAUCUACAUUGACAAGGAACCCAGCUCUGCUGCUGCUGCUCCUGCUGCUGACACUGUGACCUCACCUAGGGCGACCAGUAAAAACCGCCCCGAACGCAAGCAGAGACGCUCUAAAGGCAGUGCUGGAGCGAAAGAAGAGCACAUACCUCGUCGGCAGCAGCCACGGAGGCAGUGCAGCAUCAAUAGUAGUGGAGAAACAUCAUCUCCCAAUCAGGGAGAGGAUGAUAUGGACCAAGAGCAACCCUACAGCCCUGCAAAACCUGACACCCACCCCGAGGAACCCUCCCCACCUCCAGUCAGGACACCCUGGAAGACCGCCGCAGCCCGCAAGCUCCUCCCACUCUCCAUUACUAUGAAGAAACUAAACGUGGAGAUCAUCAAAUGUGACUGGCAGCUCCCAAAGCAAAAGUUGGACUUACCUAAGAAGAUGGAGAGUGAGGAGAGGCCCAGCGAUCAGGUUCAGUCACCUGAGGGCUCCAGUGAUAAGGCAGAGGCAGAGACGUGUUCCAGUGAAGAAGAGCGAGCUGCGUCUCCCUCAGCCUGGAGUGACCAGGAGAGUGCGGAGCAAUCCACAGAGAGAAAGCAGCAGCGCCGGUCUGUGCGAAGCCGUUCUGAGUCGGAGAAGAGUGUGGAACCAGUGCCAAAAAAGAAAGUGAAGAAAGAACAGGCUGAAGCAGCACCUCAAAUGGAUUUCAAAACAGGGUCGCAAAAAGGUGCCAGUGAGAUUUCAGACUCGUGUAAACCACUGAAGAAACGCAGCAGAGCAUCUACUGAUGUGGAGAUGGCCAGCUCACUGUACAGAGACACUUCCGACUCUGACUCCAGAGGCCUCAAUGAUCCACAGACUGGAUUCGGGAAGCGCUCGGACAGUCCUGCUACAGUAGAUGCUGACGGAUCUGAUGCGCAGUCCGUGGACUCCAGCCUGUCCCGUCAAGGAGGAAGUUCCUCAAAAAAGGACACAGUCUGCCAUGUCUGUGAAACAUUCGGGGAUUCUUUGGUGAGCUGUGAGGGAGUCUGUAACAGGCUGUUUCAUCCAGAGUGUAUUGGAUCUAACAGUGGAACAGAUGGAGAACAACUGUGUCAGGAGUGUAAGACAGGUUCCCACCCUUGUUUCUCCUGCAAGGUCGUGGAGGGUGACGUGAAGCGGUGCUCAGUGAACGGUUGUGGCCGCUAUUAUCACGAAACAUGUGCCCGCAAGUACACUGGCACCACCACCGAUACUAGAGGCCUCCGCUGCCCUCAGCACAGCUGUGCCACAUGCUGUCUUGACCGAGACCUUCACAAAGCUGGCAAAGGCCGUAUGAUGCGAUGUAUCCGCUGUCCGGUGGCGUAUCACACAGGAGACGGUUGUGUGGCGGCUGGCAGUGUGUUGAUAACACCCCACAUCGUCAUAUGUAGCAACCACUCCAGUUCCAGGAAGAACGGACACUUUUCCUCACCUGUAAACGUAGGCUGGUGUUUCAUCUGUGCUCGAGGGCUUUUAGUGCACGACCAUACUGACACCAUAUUAAGUUCAUAUACCUUUAAGUCGCACUACCUUCUGACUGAGUCAAAUCGUGCUGAGUUGAUGAAAUUACCUAUGAUUCCUUCUUCUUCGUCAGCUACCAAAAAGAAUAUUGGGAAAGGAGGAAGACUGUUGUGUUGCGAGGCCUGUCCCGCCUCGUUCCACCCCGAGUGCUUGAACAUGGAGAUGCCAGAGGGGACGUGGCUGUGUGGGGAAUGCCGAGCGGGCAAGAAGCCCCACUAUAAGCAGAUAGUCUGGGUCAAGCUGGGCAACUACAGGUGGUGGCCAGCUGAGAUAUGCAACCCUCGCCUGGUUCCCUCCAACAUCCAGACCUUGAAGCAUGACAUUGGCGACUUCCCAGUCUUUUUCUUUGGCUCCCAUGACUAUUACUGGAUAAACCAGGGCAGAGUUUUCCCGUAUGUUGAGAGCGAUAAGAACUUUGCAGAGGGACAAGUUGGCAUCAAUAAGACGUUUAAAAAAGCACUUGAGGAGGCAGCAAAAAGGUUCCAGGAGUUAAAAGCACAGCGAGAAACUAAGGAGGCCCUCGAACAGGAGCGAAACUCUCGCAGACCCCCACCAUACAAACUUAUCAAGUCCAAUAAGCCAGUUGGGAAGGUGCAGGUGCACGUCGCUGACCUCUCAGAGAUCCCCCGCUGCAACUGCAAACCCACAGAUGAGCGUCCGUGCAGCCAGGACUCUCAGUGCCUGAACCGCAUGCUGCAGUAUGAAUGCCACCCACAGGUCUGUCCUGCAGGUGACCGCUGCCACAACCAGUGCUUCUCCAAACGCCUCUACCCCGACACUGAGGUCAUUAAGACCACCGGCCGAGGAUGGGGCCUAAAGACCAAGCAGGACCUCAAAAAGGGUGAUUUUGUCAUGGAGUAUGUUGGCGAACUGAUCGACUCCGAGGAGUGCAAGCAACGAAUAAGACAUGCCAAUGAGAACCAUGUGACCAACUUUUACAUGCUGACCCUCACAAAGGACCGUGUGAUUGAUGCUGGACCCAAAGGGAACUUGUCACGCUUUAUGAACCACAGCUGCAGUCCCAACUGUGAGACUCAGAAGUGGACCAUAAAUGGAGAUGUUCGGAUAGGGCUCUUUACCUUGUGUGAUAUCGCUGCUGACAUGGAGCUGACCUUUAAUUACAACCUGGACUGUCUGGGUAAUGGGAGGACAUCAUGCCACUGUGGGUCCGAGAACUGCAGUGGUUUUCUUGGAGUCAAGCCCAAGAGUGCAGUGGUUAUGGAGAGAGAAGAGAAGGUACGCAAUGCUAAGCUCAAGCCCAAGAAGCGCAAGCUGAAGACUGAGAGCAAACAGACCCACGAGUAUUACUGCUACAGCUGUGGAGAGGGAGGAGAGCUGGUCAUGUGUGACAAAAAGGAUUGUCCGAAGGCCUACCAUCUCCUCUGCCUCAACCUGACCAAACCUCCAUACGGGCGAUGGGAAUGCCCCUGGCAUCAGUGCAGUGUGUGCCAGCGCACCGCCGCCUCCUUCUGCCACUUCUGCCCCGCCUCCUUCUGCCGAGAGCACGAGAGAGGACAGCUGCUAGUGUCUGCCCUGGACAACCGGCCCUGCUGCUCAAACCACGAUCCCCAGAGACCCUUAGGGCCUCAGGCUAACCCUAGCCAGGUCACUGGAAAGAAGGAACCGCUCGAAGCCGGAGAGGAGGGGGAGGGCAAUGAGGAGGAAGACGACGAUGACGAGGGGGGAGAGGGAGAGUGAUUGGCCCAAAGCACCGAGGAAGCAUUGCAAACCACAUCAAAGUACAUGAAAGUUCAAACUACACGAACCGUAGAGUAGAUACAUGCAGCUAGCUGGUCCACUUUUCAAUUAAACCAAGUGGACUUGAUAAACUGGUUUGAUUCAUUCCAAAUCUACAGCAGCUGGUAUGAAUUUUUUGAACAUAUCACAAUUUACGGCCUCAUGUCAAAUUCAUACGGGCUUAUAUAACAAUGUAAGCUACUCAUUUCUGGAUUUAUAAGCAAAAUUUCACAGCUAAUUCUCACUGUUUUUCAGAUGUGCUCAAUUUCGGCAAAAAAAACCAAACUUCUGUUAAAACGACGCCUUUCAGCGGCAAAGUCAGUUUCCACAUCUAUGGUACUUAAAAACACUCUAUAAACAUUUUAAACCAAGAACUUUAUUUCUGUACCUCAUGUAAAUAGCAAAGACUGUUGUAAUAUGUGUCGGGCGCAACCAUUCGCCCCUCGCCGGUAGGAUUUCACUACAUUUCUAAAUAUGAACCUGUCGCGCUAACAUCUAAAAAAAAAAAAUUGAUU